ACUCUGGUGCCCACAUUCCUUCAGCCCCAAAAAGAUCAGUAGACCAAUCAAUCACUCCCUGUCCCUUCCCACCUCUCAUCCUCCACCUUUUCCAGUGAUGCAUCCAUUAUAUACACCCCAUCUACCCUCCCUGAAGGACAUAUCAGCCGUGUGGUUUCCCCUCUUCUGUCUGCCCUUCCCUCAGGUUUCUUUGGUUUCUCCAUCUGAGAGAAAUAAUUCGAACUCCAGAGAUUGCUCGAAUGGCAUCCAAGAGAAUCUUUAAGGAGCUCAAGGACUUGCAGAGAGACCCACCAACUUCAUGCAGCGCAGGUCCAGUGGCCGAUGAUAUGUUCCAUUGGCAGGCAACCAUCAUUGCUCCAAACGACAGCCCUUACUCUGGGGGUGUUUUCCUUGUAACCAUCCACUUCCCACCUGACUAUCCUUUCAAGCCUCCCAAGGUUGCGUUCAGGACCAAAGUCUUUCAUCCAAAUAUAAACAGUAAUGGGAACAUCUGUUUGGACAUACUCAAGGAACAAUGGAGUCCUGCUCUCACCAUUUCAAAGGUAGUGGUGACCUCCUUGGCUCAGGGCUCACUGCAUAUAUAAAUCUUUCUAUCCCUUUUGACAUCUGAUGGGCUUUGAUUCAUGCAGGUUUUGCUUUCCAUAUGUUCUCUGCUCACCGACCCAAACCCAGAUGACCCACUGGUUCCUGAGAUCGCUCACAUGUGCAAGACAGACAAAGUCAAGUAUGAGUCCACAGCUCGCAGCUGGACCCAGAAGUACGCCAUGGGUUGAAGCCC